AUGGGCUCGUGGAUCUCCCGCCUCGCUCCCCUUCACAAAGUUCCCAGUCGGCCGGCAGUGCCGCUUCCCCGCGUUCUGGGUCCUAAACUAGCCUGUUUCACUCCAAACGCCCGGGCCGACAAUGAGUUUGUCGAGUUUCUCGGCGGGAGAGGACACCCUACGAGGCCACUCACCAACUCGCAGCCCUAUGUCGCUUACUUUGACCCUUUCAACUGUGAGUGCCGUGCCUAUAGCCGACUCAAAGAGAGGCAGCGCAAGAAUCUGCCCGUCAAAGCCUACGGCUAUCUCCUCCUCACUCACCAGCAGGAAACCGAGUUGGCUCGGAAACGGUACGAGGAACACCGCGGACUGCCCGUCCGGGCCAUCGUCAAAAAACUGGUCUCUAGUAACGCAUCAAAUUCCCAUGACGCCCAACGCAUGUGGGCAGACCUGGACAACCUCUAUUCGCUGAGCAUAUUUGUAGGAGACCCGCACGGCGGCAACUACCCUGGCGAGAAGCUUGUCGACUUUGGCCGCUCGUGGACCAUGUACCAUCCGGCCUUGGUCCACAUCCGCGACAGCAAACUACAACUCUUGAUGUUAGAGCUCCAGCAACUGCUCGACUAUUACCACGACUUAUCGAACAGUUCGUCAGACGAGAUAGAGAUCCCCGAAGACCUUGAGAGCUAUUGCACGGGAGAGAUUGCAAAGUCAAAAACUUCCCCAAGGGCCUACAACUGGCCCAAAUGGGACAAGAACGCCGAGGCGGUGAAGGUGCAUAUGGAAUCAAAGCUGUUUGAGAAGCCGGCCCUUUGA